CCAAGUAAUGAAGUUGUAAGAAGCUCACAACAAAGAUAGUGGUCAGUGGAAGGCGCCUGUCUCAAGUUUCUAGGUCAUGCACCAAACCAAUAACACCGGAAAGGAUCCUGGUUUUUACCUCCUAUAAGCGCUGUGAUAUAUAUGGUUUCACUGUGUUCACAUCCGUAAUGUGCUGUCCAGAGCAAAUAGUUGACUAUUUUUAUGUUUGUGGUGUCGAUUAUACAAUUGGUCUGGAGAGCUUUAGCUCAGGUGACAAAUCUGAUUGUUAUCUUGAUCUUCCUCCACUGGAAAGACCCUAUAAAUGCCGUAUUCUCCAACAUUUUCCUGAAUAUUCACCAAAUUGUUCCUUUGAUGAAGAAUCAACGGCACUGGUUACUAUGCCUCGGGGACUCAGUAUAUUCAAUCAGAAUAGUUUAUUAUUCCGACAUUUUCAAGUACCUCAAAGACAUACUUUCAUAAUAACUCGAGAAGAUGGAACUCGUGUACACGGCUUGGCUUUAUUGUUUCCGGAAUUCGUUACUCACGAGGGUUUUAAGGAAGCAGUCAGGUCAUUGCAAAUGAUGUACAAUGCAGACUCUCAUUGUCACAAAGGAGUAACGAUGUCAGCGGAGGUUGAUGGUACUAACUGUGAAAUUAUCGGGCAAAGAUAUGAAAGCGACAAAGAUGCUCUUUUCACUAUGAAGGCGAUCGGUUUACUCUCCCGUCAUCCAUUCAUAUAUGCUUUAUUUAAUUGGUUAGAAGAUUUAUGGGCCACUAUGUAUAUAUCUCCUGCUGCUAAGUUCUCACAGUCUCAGUUGGAACAGUGCAUUCAUGAUUUACUGUUUAGGAGUAAACUUCCUACUGUGGGCAGCUAUGUUACUUUUAUCACUGCUUUCAGAACGCUUUACAGUUAUCGUCCCGCGCCUAUACUACCAAUUCCAAACUUAAUGAAUGGACAGCUAAAUCAGAAAUAUUGUGUAGAGUUAUCACUUUUUGAAUAUUCUAUCCAAGAAUUAUUUAAAUUGAUCAGCUUAGAUGAUUUUAUCCGUCUGUUCACAUGCACACUUUUGGAGUAUCGUAUUAUCUUAUUCUCUAAAGUUUAUUACCGUCUCAUGCUAGUUGCUGAAUGUGUAACAUGCCUACUAUUACCAUUUUAUUGGCCACAUGUAUAUGCUCCAAUACUGCCAGUAUCCUUAAUUCAUUUUGUGGAUGCUCCUGUACCUUUUAUAAUGGGUAUUAAUAUUCCUGAUUCAUGUAGUAGUCAAAACGGAAAACAUUUUUUCAUGAAACAUUAUGAUUCAAAGUGUUAUACGCCAACAUGCGCCUGCCCACCUUCAAUUGAACUAGCCAGUGAGGGUAAUGUUUGCUAUGUCUAUAUUGAUGAGGGAAGAGUUAUUGUACCGGAUGAAAUUCCAGAAUUUCCAAAUAGUCAGAAUAUCAAACAAUCCUUAUCGGAUAUCUUGAAAUUAGCCGAAUUCCUGUCGGAAAGUUUCAACAGUCAACAUGCAAGAGAUCAAAGUGAUAUUCCACCAGUGAGUAGUCGUCAGGUUAAUCCUGUGUCGUCUACAGUUCAUGUAGCGCCUGUACUUAGACCAAAGCCUCCUAGUUCACUGACAAAUACCUAUAGUUCUCAACGAAAAAGCUCUUUUUCACGUUCUGAAAAAUCACAACCAUUUCGAGAACAAAACAUGUUAGCGACGACAAUUGCAACAACAUCAGUGGUGAACGAUUCCAGUGAUACUACGUAUGCAUCAGAUCAAGUCAACAGUACUGCAACAGAUAACUAUACAAAUCAGAAUUAUCAGAUGCUGUAUUUCGAAGCAUGUUCAAAGGCAGCUAAAACCAUAGUCUCGAAAGAGGUUUAUUCAGGUUAUGCUGAAUUAUUACACAUAAAUGCAGCUGUUAGAAAUUUAUUUCUUCUUAAUUUUGCCAAUAUAUUUCAAGAUUAUGAAAAUUUUUUAAUCUUGGAUAAAAAUAUUGAACAAAAGUCUGACAAUCAUAAUGAUGAUUAUAAUAACAACAACAACAACAUCAGUGAGAAUGUAUGUUCUGGUCUACAAGUGUUCGAUAAAGUUGGCUUUUUAAGUGAUCAACCAGAGACACAUUUACCAUUUUUAAGUGCAUUUCUUGAAACACAAAUGUUUGCCAGCUUUUUAGAUUCACGUAUCAACUGGAAUAGUCUAUUCAAUAGUUUAUCUGACAAUCAGACAGUACAAUUCACUAGUUCACCUCCAAUGCAUCUAACUGUUUUCCACUUGUUAUUAUCUAAAUCACGAAAUGAGCGAAAAGCAAUAUUUCGUCAUCAGCAUACAUCACAGAAUACUACUCCUAAUAAUACCACUACCACUACUAUGGAUACAUGUGGAUCACCGGAGAAUAAAUUUUACAAUUAUGUACUUGGUUAUCAACAAAAACAAUACAAGGCGAUAGGUUCCCACUUUCCUGAUUUUAAUUCUAAGCCAAUUUUCGAUAGUGUUCAUCAACAACGGCUUAAUAAUGAACCCCUACCGGAUUUACUUUACGAUAUCAAAACUGAUACAAAUGUCAGUAACACUGCUCAUCUGUUGACGUCUAUAGUACCUCAUACUUCUUCAAGUGUAUCGUCACCGACUACUGAAGAUUGUGCUCAGUUUGGCAGAUUUCCGACAUUAAGUAGCCACUUACUACGUUCUUAUUCUCCAAAAUCACAAAAGCAUAGCACUCCGUCAAAUUAUCCACAAUACUUUGCAAAUGUCAAAACUUCUAUGAGAGCUAACAGUUAUGAAUCGAAAACGGAUGACUGUUCGUUAAUACGUGAAUCAUUUACAUGUGUUUCUGGAAAUCAGUUUCACAGUGCUCCACAAUCAGAUAAAAUUCGUCGGCAUAUUCUAUCACCUGCAGCUAAUGUACCAGUUACGUCUCCACCUAAUCUAUUCGGCAGCCAUAUCGGUUGUAUGUCUACUCCAAUCAAGCGGACUGCACCGUUAUCCUCUAUUACAAAUACUAUGAAUACGGAUGUUGUGCAUAAUUUGAACAAAUCAGAUACUAAGAAUUCAAAUAUAUCUAAUGGAAACAAUGGCAAGUCAGCAACUAAUAGAUCUUUUAUUCACACACAUCAUCAAUUCGCAGACUUACAGCGUAAUGGAAUGGCUCAAGCGAAUUGGGAUUUUGUUGAUGCCUUACUGGAAGAAUGCAAGCAUCGGACGAAACGAAUGGUUCUUAAGAAGAUUGGUCAAGAAGCUAUCGAAAUGGGGCAUGGAGAUCCGAAUAUUUCUGUUGUUGAAGAAAACACCCUGGUGUCGGGAUUAUGUGAUCUCUUGGAACGGAUUUGGUCACAUGGCUUAAAUAGAAAAUUAGGUAAAUCAGCUUUAUGGUCACAUCUAGUACUGUAUGCUAAACGCGUUGAAUUAAUGAAACAGACAAAUAAGGAGUUAGCAACCAAUGAAGCAGAACUACUCAAUCUUGAAUCAUCACCACCAACCACUUCUUCGUCUUGUGGUAGUUCACCGCAUAUAUCUGAUCUACGCAAUAGAUCUGUUGGAGGUGUUAAUACACGUGUUGCUGAAACACCUGAAACAAAUCAAGAAAUGCCUCGAUCAGAUGCAAAGUAUUCAGGUUAUAGCUCACUAAAACGUGUUCGUAAAUUUUCACACGAAACAACAUGUACAAAUGAAGUGAGCCGAUCUGUGUCUAAGACAAAUCGAUCCCCAUGUAGAUCUGCACGAUUCCCUUGGCAAGAACCCUGCUAUCCCGCUUCUACUCCGUCGUCAACUUUCUCACCUAAAUUAUCAGCAAAUUUAAGCAACUGGAAAGUAAAAUUGCAAAUGUUAGAUGUUCGUGGAUCUGUUAGUCGUGCGCAUAGUGCUUCUUCAAGAUUUAAAGAUUCCGGCUCAAAUUCUUAUUUCCGUGUUGGCCAGUCUCCGUAUACUAAUACUACUGGCAGUAACAAUAGCGGUGUCAGUGUCGGUGGAGUAUUCAAUACACUGGAUACAAACAGUAAUGGAAUGAUUUUGGAUUUGCGUAAAAUAUUUGGUCCACAGUUUAUUGAACACUCGUUGAUUGCUGAUAUUCACUCGAUUCAAUCUAUGAAAAGUGUAAAAACAGAUAUUGGUUUUGCAAGAGCAUUUGUUCGCUUAGCUUUAGAGAAAAAGCUUCUCUCUGCACAUCUUACUCGCCUGUUGAUGGACACCAAACUACUCAGGCAUCUGUACACUAGAUAUGCAUUUUUACGAUGUGAAGAAGAACGAGAACAGUUUUUAGUACACCUGUUGUCGUUAAAUGCUGUUGACUAUUUUUCGUUUACUCGAAUGAUCAAUCAAACUGAAGUUAUCUAUGAAAUAUUUAUAUGUAAUGGUCGAAAGCACAGUGGCGGUGUAACGUCUACAGCCAAUGCUUGGAUUAAAAUACAUGGGCAUUUUGGGUCUACUCAGCUGAUCGCUGUUCCACGAGGUCAUAAUCUUAUUGAAAUUAAAAAUCGAAAUCUUGGUCUUCUGUCAACCAUUCAAGUGGGACAUGAUAAUUCAGGUUCAGCCCCAAAAUGGUUUAUCGAAUUUAUUCUUGUCUACAACCGUAUGACUAAUCAUCUUUACUUAUUCCCCUGUUAUCAUUGGUUUGGUUUGGGAAUUGAAGAUGAUGCUUUAGAACGUGUUCUUGUCGGUGAACAGAUUCGUAUAGCCUCAAAUGAUCCACAUCUACUGUUUACAGCGCCGCCACAAUCUGAUCCAAUUGAGUGCAUACAAAAUCUACCGAAUCGGUGUUUAUCUCCGUCACUGUCACGACGAAAUUCUGAUCACAAAAAUCUAAGUGCAGUUGUAAUACAUGAACGUGUUGCCGGUGCUGUUAAUCGUUUGUUGAAGUAUUUUUGCAAAGUGAAUCGUUCAAAUACAACAACCAGUUUAACAUCAUUAUGGUGUGGUGAACACGGUCUAGUGCCAGCACUACACUUGGUUUUCUUGUAUGCCUUUCGAUCUGGUAGGAUAUUUCAAAGAAAAAUUUAUGUAUGGGAUUAUUUAGAAAAAGUUGCCGCCAGUUUUUCCAUGGAACUGGAGCCUAGUGGAAUGGAAUCAAAUAAUUUGGAGAUAUCUGAAUCUCAGAGGUCUGGAACUAAAUACAUACCAUUUUCAACUCAUAGCCUACCACGUUCAUUAACAUCCAGAAGACAUUGUGGUUCCAUUUCUAAUACUACUAAUACUGCUAAUACUACUACUACCACUGUUAAAGACCACGAUCCAACUUCAUCGUCAUCGUCACUAUUUUCUAAAUCAAGUGGAUUACCGCAUUCACCAUCAUUUUCUCUAGUCAAUGAAUCGUAUUCAAAAAAUAUGAACAGUGAAGCUAGACCGUAUGAAGUAUCUCGCACUAAUAUAUCUUCAUUCUCUCAACCUGCCUCACCUGCUGUAUCUCGUCUAGCUUCAAGCGCUAAUUUGAAUUUCGAAAAUUCUCCUUACCCGUCUACUGGUAUCCCACAAUAUAAUAGUUUAUGUUCAGUGCCUGAUGUACGAAGCACUGCACUACAAUUUGUCACAUAUGUGCAAAAUGUAGCAAACAGUAGUCCAUUUUUAGGCAAAGACGGUAAAUUUCAGCGUUUCAUCUGUCGUGCAAUCCGCGAUCACCUGUUAUCCAAUUGGCUAUCCAUUCUAGCUAUGAGUCCUAUCACCCUUCAGAUGUAUGAACCGAGAAGUUUUCUACUUAAUCCCGAAUUAAGACAAACAAUUCAAGAUUUGUUAAUUUCACUCGAUGAAUUCAAUUUCCCGUUUGAAGCAGCACUUCUAGGCGAAAUUUAAAUUAUUAUUAUUCUCACUUUCUAAAACCUUUCCCCCAUCUUCCUUUUUUGUCAGGAAAUAUCUCCUCUCCUUCUCAAACUCUCACUCGUAGUUGUGAAUGUGAAUGAUCCGCAUUCCUAUCGACUGGAGCCGUCAUAUAGUUGGUAAGACUGAGUCUGGACUGUGAACUGAAGGCCCUUCUUUCAUCAUGUUGUGGACUGAUAAUUACUCUAGUGUGGCAGUCACUUAUUUUUCCUUUUUACUAGUCAUUCUCUUCGUUGUAUAAAUUUUUGUGUCAUCACCAUUUUAAUUACUCAUACCAUUGUUGAUUUUUUAUCAGAUUAUGUUCUCUAUACUUUCUCAUUUUAAAACAAAAAAAAUGAAAUGCAUUUCUAUCCUGCCCUUCGUCUCUCUCUUUCUGUGUGUGUCUUUUUUGUGAUUUAUACCGUAAAAAGGUUUGAUUUCUUUUUUUGUUUUUUUUACAGUAUAUAUAUAAUAGAUCUCACCUUCAUUCUUACCCAUCCAUAGUGGUGAUAAACUUGUACGUGCAAUAAUUACUUCAUACUCUGUAGGGAUGACGACAGACAAUCGGCAGUUGGUUUUUUACUAGUCAGUUAGUAGUAGAAAUUCUUGUGUAUUCCUCACUCAUGUCAAUUAUUCUAGAUGGUUAAAUAGAUACAUUUUUCUUUCUUUUCUUUUUCUAUAAUUCUUUAUUGGAAUUUUUAUGUUGUUGUCAUUAUCUAAAAAUAAAAAAUAAAUAAAAAACAACACAUCCUCCGCGUUCUUGGGAUUGUUGGAAGGAGAACUUUAUAUGAAUGUGGGAAUUGUGAGAUGUUUUUAAGUGAAUACAGACAUUUGAUUUCCCUAUGUGAUGUUACAAUGUUCAAUUAUCUGACUAAUUUACCAUUAUUAUUACUAUUAUUAUGUACCCAUCAUUUUGACUUGAUUUUUGUUUUUUAAAAUGAUGAUACUUGAUAAAUUUAUAUUUCUUGGGGAAAAGAUGAACUCCUACUUUGUUAUCUAUGUUUUGUGGAUUAAAAAGAUGACGGUUGGAAGCGAAUGCAUGAAACCAAAUUAGGUUGGUUGGAUUCAAGGUUGACUGAAUUAAUUGUGCAAUAAAUACGAUUUAUGAAGUAAAUUUCUCGUUUUUAUUUUUCCUCCCACACCUCCGCUGUACUAUAUUAGCGCAAUUAGUUUUUGCUCUGCAAACUAUGUGUUGUUUAUUUUUUAUCGGGGGUGGGUAGAGACUUGUCAUAUUGUUGGGUGCUUGUCUUGCAUAUCUUGUUUUCCGUUUGAUGAUUUCAUGCUUAUCUUUGCUUAUUCUUUUCUUCACGAACUGACGUUAUUUAUUGAAUUAUUGAAAAAUAAGAGGUAUUGUAUGAAUGUUUCGUCCUAAUGCAGGACUCUUCGGUGGUGUGCACGUAUGACCUUAGCGGGAAUAAUUGGCAGGACUGAUGUGCAAUUCACGGUAAAGUAGCGCCACCUGCAGCCAAUGUUUCUUCUGACACCCAACUUGGUAGACGUCACUCGUCAUGACCUGUCCCUGAAAAUCCAGUCAAUUUCACUGUGUAAUCAGUUGCUAGUCGGCGUUUUAAUUAAUUUCCAGGUGUUGUUUUCCAAGGUUUUGGUGGAUUUCAAUGACGAUCACGCACUGACAUCACUAAAAGGAAAAAAUUAAAACUAUGUACUGGCUCUGAGUUUCUGAAC